AUGUUAUUCCUUUCUAGCGUUGUUGUGGCUCUUCUCGCGGGUCCGAAUCCAGCCAUUGGGGCGAUCACCUCUAGCCUACAGAGCAUCUUAAAAAACACCCAUGGCAGCACAGACUAUGGGUAUCCCACUGAUCUGACAAGAGAUCUCUUACCUAUUCCUGUUCAUUCUCAUAAUGACUAUUGGCGAGACGAGCCUUUCUAUACCGGUCUCUCGCAUGGCUGUACAUCUACCGAAGCUGAUGUCUGGCUAUACAACGGCACCCUCUAUGUUGGCCAUGAUCAAUCCGCCCUGAAGGCGUCGCGAACUCUUGAAUCAUUGUAUAUCAAUCCAAUUCUAGACGUCCUAGAGCGCCAGAAUCCCGAGAGUCCAUUUAUAUCAUCGCCUACUAAAAAUGGCGUGUGGGAUACUGCUCCCGACCAAACGCUUUACUUCUUCAUUGAUGUGAAGACAUCUGGCCCCGAGACGUUUAAGGCUGUGAUUGCCGCUUUAGAACCUCUACGAGAGAGGGGCUACCUUACUACCGUCAAGGAUGGCAAGACCGUUACCAAUGGACCCGUCACUAUCAUUGGCACGGGAGAGACACCGUUCGACAUGGUUGCGCCCAUCAAAGACCGAGACUACUUUUUCGAUGCACCUCUCGCGGAUCUCAAUGAUCCCAAAUAUGCUGAUGUAACUGGCGUUAUCUCGCCUGUUGCUUCAACAGAUUUCCAGGAAGCCGUCGGCAAGAUCACUGUCGAUACGGAUCCAAUUCUCUCAGACGACCAACUCGAAGCUCUCCGAGACCAAAUUGCCACUGCAAAUGAGCGAGGGAUUGGUGCUAGAUAUUGGAAUACGCCAUACUUCCCGAUCCGUGCACGAAACCUUGUCUGGAGGACUCUUUUGAGGGAAGGGGUCAUUCUGCUCAAUGCCGAUGAUCUGGAUGCUGUAGCUUCUCACUUUUAA